UUGAACCAGUCAGGCCCUAAAUAGAACUUGAACAUAUAGAGAACUUGAAUAUUUAUAUGGAGAACUUGAAUAAAGAGAACAUACCAUAAGGCCAUCUCCAACAAAUAACAAUACACCAAAACACCAAAUUUGGUGUAAUUUCAUCUCCAACAAGACACGAAAAGUGAUAUCAUCCCACCAAAUUUAGUGUACUGUGAAUAAUAUUACACUAAAUUUGGUUUAACACUAUUCAUCACACCAAAAUUUUAAAAUGUAUAUUUUGUUUUAAUUUAUUUAAUAAUAUAGUUAAUUACUCUCAAAUUUGUAAUUAAACAUUAAUGUAUUGUAUUAUUUUUUUAAUUUAUUUUUACAUAAUUAAAAAACUAAAUUUUUAUUUUUUUCAUUUUCAAAAUAAAUUACUAAAUGGCUAUUAUCAUUUAUCACUUACAAAUAAUAAAAAUAUAAAUAAUAAUCUAAAUGUGACAAAAUAAUUAUUUAUCAAUUAUAAAUAAUAAAAAAAAUAAAAAAAAAUUAAAACUAGAACGUAAAUAUUAUAUAAUAUUAUUUUUGAUGUAAAAUUUGGUGUCUUUGUUGGAGAUGACAAAAAAAACUAUGACACCAAAACAUAUAAUUUGGUGUAAUUUCAACACUUUUGGUGCAAUUACUUACUGGAGAUGCUCUAAAGAUGCGAAAAACCAUUUAUAUGGUAUGAGACUAAUUGUUAUGUCUUACUUCAGACAAACUGUUUUUUAAUUAAAAUAAAUGAUUAAACCCGAGUCUACUAAAAAUACAGACCUAACCUUGGGUGUAGGUACAUCCCACAUAUAAACCAUCUUUUGGGCAUUCAAAUGAGCCGAAAAUAAUAAUCCAUAUCUGUGUGGCCAAGGGUUUGAACCAAAGUUCGCUGUAUUGAGUUUAUUUCCCUCAAGCGCCACUGACAUCAGACAAACUGAUUCUAAGAUUUUCUUGCUGGUUCCAUUACAAAAUUCAUUUUUUGGAGACUAUACUGAGAUUUUAUUUUUGAAUUUUUUGUUAUAUAUUAAAAUGAAUAUUGCGUUUAACCAAUAUAUCAGAAUAGUCAUGUUUAAGAUUUCUAAAUUCUAAUCCAACAAACCAAUGGAUUUAACCACAACAAAUCCAAAGUAAACCAGAAUAGAUCGAUUACAAUGAAAUAUAUGGUUUUAGUUUUUGUUUAGAAUUGGCAAAUACCAUAAAACCUAGUUACCCUAACUCUUCUUAGGUCAACUACUUUCCAAAUUCCUCAAUGGAGCUGAAUAAUUUGUUCUUUUUUAUAAAAUGAAAACCAAAACCAUAGUAUUUCGUUGGCAACAUUUGUUUCUCGUUAUUGCCAGGAAUUAAACAUAUACAUAUAUCAAAAAGCAAUAUAUAUACAUAUAUCUAAUGAUCCAACAACCAAAAAAUCAUUUUCUUUUAUUUCUUGGUCAAGAUUACAAUUCAUUUGAUUAUCCUCACGUACUGCACAAUGGUCAAAAUGUGGAAACACGGAUUUAGUAUAUUCAUACAUUAUCAUGUAUCUUCUUGAUUUUUAUACUCAAAUAUCUAUCAUGUACCUACUUUUUCAGACCACCUCUGUAUUAAAACCUCUACAUGUUAAUCACUACUUCUCCACACCGCCAUAGACGUGCUCUCCACUUCCUUCCCGCAUUUAUAUAUACUCUUGAGAUUUCUAAUUUUCUAGCCAACCCUAAAAAUCUCAAUUUUUCGUUCACCAUCUUUAGUAAUAAUAUUAUCUUAGCUUACUGAGUUUGUGAUGUCUCCUCCAGCGUUGAUUGUGUUUGAAGAUGGUCUAACCAACAAAUGGAGCAACGACGAGUGGCAGAGUCUCAGCGUUUCUCCCGGUGAAAACCCUAACCCUAACUCUAACUUCAAUUUCUUGGCGAAGAAUGCAGCUCUCCAGAACCAGCUGACAGUUUCCCGCCCAUCUGUAAAAGAUGAAAGCUUCAGAGUUGUCUUACCUAUGGCGAUGUCUCCUCCAAGAGACACCGCCGUGCCGCUACCUGUUCUUCCCCAGCCGAUGAUGAAGCAACGGAAGAAGCUUGGCCACCAAGAAACCAUGUUUUCUGAAGAACAAGAAGAAAAUUUCAAGUGCAGUGCCUUCUGCUUAUCUCUCUCUGGUUUUGGGAAGCAAAAGCCUGUUAGGUCACCAAAAAGCGAGGAUUCUCCUAUAAAGAAGAAAACGAUCAAAGCGUCAUCGUUCUCUAACUCUGCUGUCUCCCUAAGUGCCUCGCUUGAGAAAUUUGAGUGCGGCUCAUGGGCUUCAACGACUGCUCUGGCCCGAGAAAACGGCCGGCUGUACUUCGAUCUUCCGGUGGAGAUGAUAAAAUGUGGAAGUGGAGGUGGCGGAGAUGUGCAAGAGCCGGUGAGUUUGGGUUUCUUCUUCGACAAGGAAACAGGAAGUCCGGCUUUGAGAAGCGUUUUAAAGACUUCUUUGUCGGUAAGACAACAAAGAGGUUCGGUUGAGAUGUCACCGCAACGCCGUGUUAGGUUUUCGACCACGUCCUCUGUUUCAUGUCCUACUUCGCCAAGAUCUUGUAUCACCCCGCGGCUGCUUAAAGCUAGAGAUGACUUCAAUACGUUCUUAGCAGCACAGAACGCGUGAAAUAUUUUCGUAUUUACGAAUAAUAGGUGUCUAUUAGUAUAUAUCAAUAUAGAGCGAAUAUUUACGCUCUAUUUUGGUUUGAGUCUCUGCUUAACCACAUUAUGAGCAUUUAGGAAAAUUAAUCUUUCAUCUUUUUUUUUUUUUCAAACAAUAAUGCUCUGUCCUGUUUGGUUCUGUUUUAUGCUUAAUUCUUUACUUAUUACAAAGGGUCGAUCAGUAAAAAAUGCUAUAAACAUGUUUCUGUCAUUGUUUUAUACUUGUACAUAAC